CUAAGCCACGAGUAAACAUGAAGGAAAUCGCCGCAAGUUGUACCAAAGAGGAAGAGCAUAUGUCUCCAAAAGGGAUGCAGAGCUCUUUUGAGGACCAAAAGGAUGCAACAUUGAAAUGCCAAAUGACUGAAUGUGCCUCUCUGCCCCCACUGAUGGUAUUUGAAAGUCUACAUCAUCCAGUAAAAGAGGCUAGCUUCAACUUUAAAGGUUUUCUCAGCAUCAACAAACCAGCACUUCCUCUUCAGACAGAAUCAACUAUUGACCAGAGAAAUUCCUACCUGCAUGGAACAGAAAAUGCACCUACUGCCACCGAAGAAGGAGGUAAAGAGGAAAACAAUGGAAAUCAGAGAGGAAAAGUGGAAAUGACAUUUAAAGAGCCAAAGGACCGCAGGGAAAUGACCAGUACACCCCAAAUGCAUGGUGAGACUACUGUAAAACCUGGAGAAAAUGUUAAUGUAAUUGUAAGUAGCUGUAAAGACGAUGGAAAAGCGACAGAUGAAUCUCCUGAUGUCAGCAAGAGAAAUCCCGUUAUAUUUUCAUCACUGUCAGCUGCAGGUGAUGCCACCGGUGUUACUGAAGCUAAAGAUGUGGUUAAUGAAACUCUGGAAGAUACUGAAGUAAGUAAAAAGAAACAAGAACAUAAAGAAUGUAUGAAUGUUACUCAUAUCACUCCAAAUAAUACCGAUGAGUCAGCUUCCACUGAGAAUAAUAGUGUUUUACUACAGGAUGUUUCUCCACAAGUGCGUCAUAACAGCAGCCCUGCUGUGCAUGGUGAGUGGGCUGAUAUGCCUCUGUCUGAAGGAGUUGAACAAAGACAUACUGAAGUUAUACUUACCACCAAGGAAAAGCUGGAUGAAGAGACUGUUAAAUCAAGGGGGUGUGGUUUACCUGAAGCAGGUGAUAUAGAACUAACAUUUCCAGGUUAUUCAGAGAAUCUUGUGAAUGACAGUCGAGAGCAAAAGCCAGAAAAAAGCACAUGUGAAGUUGAGUCACAGGUAAAGACCAGCUCCAUGUCUCCAGCAGCUGCCACAGACAUAGACAGAAUGUGCCCUUGCAUUCAACCAGAUAAGAAUUUCAACAAAGAGCAGCCUACUACAACCUCAGAGAUGGUGUUUCUGUCCAAAGCAGUUGAGUGUGCAGACAUGCUGCCCUAUCAGACUGAAUCACAGUACAGUAAUGAACGGUUGAAAAAUGAUGCAGCAGAUGCUGGCGACACAACAGUCCCUUCUCUUCCUGCAGCGGAGACUACAGUACCAGCACAAAGGGAUCUUUCCUCAACCACCACACAAAGCACUAACAGUCAAGGCAGGGAUGUGUCUGUCAUUGUACUAAAGGCUCCUGGCCCAAUACUGAGUCACUGUGAGUUCAUGAAUGACUGUGAUAUUGCUGUAGCUGGACCCAGAGAAGAUUGCAGGGUGAACUGUGUGUUUGAUUCUGACACAGAUAUUGUAAAGAAUAUUACAGACAAAACGAAUCAACAGUCAGAUGUGAAUAAAGAGAUGUUAAGAUCUCAAAAUGCAGAUGAUCCUCCCUAUCCUGUUGAAAUGCUUCAUUAUCAACCUGCUUUGACAAUUCAACAAAGUCAUGAUGAUGAAAUCAAAUGUGAUCCACUCCUGAUGAACUUGGAGGACAAUCUCGUUACACUUUUGACUGAGGAUCCUGUUCAACAUGUGUCUGUAGACAAUGUAAAACUGAAUAAAGAUGUAUCCAAAGGCUCCAGACAGAUAAUGGGAGGAGAGCAAAACAGGGAGUGUGUGCAAAAAAAUGAGGUACACAAUGUAAAAUUAAUUGCAGAAAAGGACAGUAAAAAGAGAACAAAUAACUCUCAAGAACAGGAUGACACUGCUGCAAAAGAAAAAGCUGAUCAAACACAAGAAGAAAAUCAGACAUUAAUAAGUCUAUUCAAUCUAUCAGGAGAAGAAAAACUAUUAGAUGAAACCAUUCCUAGAGGAAGAUUGGAGUGUAGCCCUAAGCCUGAUCCUGGUUUAACCUCCAAAGUGAUUACAGAGGAGGCUUUGGGUUGUAGAGGGGCACUAACUGAAAAAUCUUUUCCAGUCGUUGAUCAGACCCUGCCUGCAGUGGUGAAUGCUUCACCUGAGAGAGACCUCACACAAGAUCCAAGAGGUUCGAGCCAGUCAGACUUGACAUUUUCACAGUCCCAAGAUCUCCAGCGGCAACAUAAGUUUGUGAGUGAGAAAGAGUAUAUUUUUCAUCCCUCUGAUUGUCAGAUCUCCACCACGACACCCUCUUUUUCUGCUUCUGUGCUCCAGAAAAGUAUUACAGAGGAAAAAGAGUUAAGUGUGGAUCAGACCUCUGAAGGUGCCCAAGAACCUAACACUCCUAAAUCCACUCCCCAAUCUGAGACAGCCAGCUGGAGGAUGGAGCAGCUUAAUAGGCAUUUGUCAGAGCAAUUCCCAGAUGGUACCCAAAACACAGAGGAGCAGGAUACACAGUGUUCUGAACAGCAGCUCAUGCCGGUACAACAUGUAGGUACUUGUUUAGACACUGAAAACACAAUCAGUACUAUGAAAGAAGAAGACACAGUUUCAAAUGGCUUACAUCAGCGAGUAGGAAUUCAAGAAGAGAUAAGUAAACAGAUGGCAAAUGAGGAAAAGAACAAGGCCACUGAAAAGGAUCACACAGAAAUGUCCAAAGGGGGUGAACCUAACUCUUCAGGGUCUGUAGAGAUAAAAAACAUCUACAAAGAAAACCGAAGCAAGUUGGAGGAGCAGUCUUUAUUUUCAAUAGUUGAUAACGUAGACCAGCAAAUUGAAGAAGUUUCUAAUGGGACACUGACAGAAAUGAAACCGGUGGUAUCAUUGUUGUACCCUAAGACCUCUGUCUGCUUAGUGACUGACCUCCAAGAUUCCCUCCAGUUCCCUCCUACAGUCAAUCAACAGUCUAGUCAGCAGCCCACUAAGUCUUUUAUCCAAACUUUACAUCAAAACACCACAAAUACAGUUAAAAGUAGCAGUGAGCAAAGUCCUGAUAUAGAAGAUAACUCUCCUGGAGACACAGAAUGCCUUCUAAUCAAUAAAGCAAUACAAAAAGAUGACAGUGAAGCUAUUGAAGAUGAAGUCAGAAAGGUGUCAAAAGCUGCAGUAGAACUAUCGCAGGUUAUCCACAGUUCAGACAGCCAAGUCCUCAGUGCAUUCUUUGAACCUGAGAGGCCAGAUACAGUCAACUCCUCCGAAGGUUCUGAUUGGCUCAGAGCUCUGAAGGAGGCAGCCUCCAUGUCUCAGAUCAUUCCAGAGCACAGUGAUGAGACUCCUUGUGAAUCUACAGAAAAAAGACUGUUUGAGACCCACGGUUUGCCUCAGGCUGAACUAGAAUUCCGAACCCCAACACAAGAAUAUUUUCUCCCUGCUCCUGAAGAGUGUUUCCCUCCUGCGCCUGAGGAGUGUUUUCCCCCAGCUCCUGAGCAGAGUUUUCCUCCUACUCCUGAGGAGAGUCUUCCCCCUACUCCUGAGGAGAGUUUUCCUCCUGCUCCUGAGGAGAGUCUUCCCCCGGCUCCUGAGAGUCUUCCCCUGGCACCUGAGGAGAGUUUUCCUCCUGCUCCUGAGGAGAGUCUUUCCCCGGCUCCUGAGAGUCUUCCCCUGGCACCUGAGGAGAGUUUUCCUCCUGCUCCAGAGGAGAGUCUUCCCCCGGCUCCUGAGGAGAGUUUUCCUCCUGCUCCUGAGGAGAGUCUUUCCCCGGCUCCUGAAGAGAGUUUUCCUCCUGCUCCUGAGGAUAGUUUCCCCCCGGCUCCUGAGGAGAGUUUUCCUCCUGCACCUGAGGAGAGUUUUCCUCCUGCUCCAGAGGAGAGUCUUCCCCCGGCUCCUGAGGAGAGUUUUCCUCCUGCUCCUGAGGAGAGUCUUUCCCCGGCUCCUGAGGAGAGUUUUCCUCCUGCUCCUGAGGAGAGUCUUUCCCCGGCUCCUGAGGAGAGUUUUCCUCCUGCACCUGAGGAGAGUUUUCCUCCUGCACCUGAGGAGAGUUUUCCUCCUGCACCUGAGGAGAGUUUUACUCCUGUUACUAAGCAGCCAGAAGAACCACUAGACUGCAGGUCUCUUCUGGUAAAAGCUGCUGAGAGGAGUGAGCCUGUCCCCUCUCCCAUAUCACCCCUACCACAGCACAACACUGCUCCUGCCCUCCCUGCCCACCUGCUCCAGGACACAGUCGAGUUCCCCACACCGCCCCCUACCCCUCCGGAUAGGGCUCCCCCUGAGCCUCAGACCCUGCCUCCUGCUCCUGCUGGUCUACUGGAGGCUUCCCCUGCUGCCCCCGCGCCUCCUCAAAUCCAACAGCUACAGCACUCUGAGCCUUCAGCAAGGAGCUCAGACUCAGACGGAGCGUUCGAAACCCCUGAGUCCACCACCCCUGUGAAGUCUGCUUCCCCACCAGUGUCCCCAACAGAGCCCCCCUGCACCAAAUCAGAGGCAUUGUCCCCAGAACACACAGCUUCCACUGCUGACAUCUCUGCCAGUGAAGCUGAAGAGCCGAAACAGCUUCAACCUCUCAGCCGCUCUCAAUCCAGAGCCUUUGAUGAGGACAAACCAAUAGCUGCUAGUGGCACCUAUAACCUAGAUUACUUAAUUGCUGAUGACCCCGUCCCAGAAUCAAAUUUUGGGUCUGGACCAUCAAGCAGAGCGCCUCUUACCCGCUCUCUAAGCCUACAGUCAGGUGAGUUAGAGAGCCCAGGAGACAAGCCCUCAGGAGGAACCUCCGAAAAACUCAUUCACACACAAGCAGAGUCCUUCAGCACAGGAACAGAAAGCGCUCCGGGAACACUUCGUAAAGUGAAGAAGCCCCGUUCAGGUUCCCUAAAGAAGAAACCUCUUUCCCGGCAGAACUCAAACCCAGAGCAUUCCUCUCCCAACACACCAGAAGAGAAAAAGAGAGGAAAACUACAUCCCGAAAGCCCCUUGCAAACUCAAGAGAGGCCUAGUUCCUCUCCCAGCCCUAGUCCUAGUGGUACCCUGCGGAGGAACAGGAUAAAGACUCGAGUUGAGAGUCCUCCACCUUUGCCUGAGGAGGUCACUACCAGCUCAAUAUCAAGUCCUGUACCUGAGGCUCCAAUUGUCCCUGACGAGGAGUCUCCUAUCCCUCCAACUGCCUCCUACAAAUGGGAUCCAGACAACUUUGAGAAUAUUGACCCAUUCUGUACAGGAGGCAGUAAAGUCGCCAACUCGCCGGUCUUGGGCAGGAAAGCCGACUUUACAUCAGUUUCAGACACCCCUGUUGCUGUAGAGGAGCCUUGUGCCUCUUCUCCUGCUAAAGAACAACCCAUUAACACUGAGGAACAGCCAAUCAACACUGAGGAACAGCCAAUCACAAAGCGCCAAUCAGUCAGACUGGAGUUUGACUAUUCAGAGGACAGUGGAGAGGCACCUCGCAAUACUCCUCCUCCUAAAAUCCUAGGCAAGAAACCAGGGGCCAAGAUGCCCAUCCGAAAGCCCAAACUGGGGAUUAAGAAGGCCCCUCCACCGCAGACAGAGCAGCUAGACAAUGCACCUAUCCCUGCACUGACAAAUGAUAUGGAUGAUAUCCCAAUCCCCAAGGGGCUAUAUAACUUUGAUCCCAACAAGUGGGAUGACCCUAACUUUAAUCCAUUUUCUUCAAGCACUGGUAUCCCCAACUCUCCUGGCCUGCCUAAAGGAUCUCACAGCUUUGGUCCUGACUCCUCUGAUGACACAGCCGAUCCCUUCAAAUCAUCCAACAAGAUGGGAAACGUGCCUCCAAAAGCUGCCUCUUUUGACAAGUCCAACAAUGACAACGAGAAUGACAACGAUAACAUUGUUGAGUUGGAGGACCACAACCAGAACAAACCUGCCAAGAACAAGAAGAAGCCUCUCAAAUCUAACACUUUUAGAGUGAAGAAAUCACCAAAGAGGACUCCGAUUACUGAGCCGUCUGCUCAAUGUUGUCCUGUGUGUUCUCCAAUCUCGCCCUCCACUUCACACACACAUAAUCACCUGCAGGAGCACUCACCUGACGCCAAUACUGAGCCUUCACAAGAUCACGCCACAGAUGAGGAGAAACUGGCUUCCUCCACCAGUCAGAAAUGGACUAGACAUGACAUAGAGGUGGAGCUGACCUCUGACUCCCAAGACUUCCCACAGCCGACUGACUUUACAGCUUUUGUCAACGAGAACAGUUUACCCAUACAGAGUGAUGUUACAGAUUAUGAGAUUGAAUACAUGGAAAAGAUCGGUUCCUCCACAGCUCCUCUCUCGGUGAUGAAACCAUCACUUUAUCUGAAGCUGGACUCUGUGCCAGACAGUCCAACAAAGACUUCCAACAAACAAGAUUCAGAGCCCAAUUCUCCCUGCACUGGGAGCUUUGAGGAGAUGGAGGCUCAGAUCUCGCAGGGGAAAUCACCUGUGCUGCCACCACGUGGUGCUCGUGACUCUAUGGCCUCAGAGAAGAGCAGAAAGAGGGACGGCCAGUCUCAGAAUCGAACACCGAGCAACCAUAGAGAUGGAGCGUCCCCAAUCCAGGGCCCCGUGGAUCCCUCAGAUCUGCCCCUCUUAGACAGGCUGUCUGAUUCACCUGCCCCUCUCAGCUACCUGGAACCUGAUCUGGCAGAGACCAACCCCACUGCCUUUGCUCAAAAACUGCAGGAGGAGCUGGUGCUCGCAGCCCUGAGGAUAGAGGCUCUACAGGUAGUCAAAAACAUCUCUCAGAGCCCCACUUUGUCCACUGUGUCCCCUCAGCAGAGAGAAAUGGUCUCACCGGAGGACAGUGGGGUUUCGAAGAGCUCCCUCUAUUCACUAUCAGGAUACAUUGAAGGGGAAAGCCCUCAUUUGCCGUGUGACAUGGACCACUCUCUUGCCAUCGCCCGAGAAGAGAUUGUUAUAAAAGAGAAAGAAGCCAUGGAGUGGAAAAGAAAAUACGAAGAGAGUAGACGGGAGGUGGAGGAGAUGAGGAAGAUAGUUAUGGAGUAUGAGAAGACUAUUGCAGAGAUGAUUGAGGGUGAACAGAGGGAGAAGACUCUGUCUCAUCACACUAUCCAACAGCUGAUUCAGGAAAAGGACCAGGCUUUAGCUGAUCUCAACUCUGUGGAGAAAUCUCUCGCUGACUUGUUCCGUCGCUAUGAGAAGAUGAAGGAUGUUUUGGAAGGCUUCCGCAAGAACGAGGAUGUGCUGAAGAAAUGUGCACAGGAGUACCUGUCUCGUGUACGUAAGGAGGAGCAGCGCUACCAGGCCUUGAAGAUCCAUGCUGAGGAGAAACUGGAUAAGGCGAAUGCUGAUAUCGCUCAGGUGAGAGGCAAAGCCAAGCAGGAGCAGGCAGUGUAUCAGGCGAGUCUGAGGAAAGAACAGAUGAAGGUGGACUCACUGGAGCGCACACUGGAACAAAAGAACAAAGAGAUUGUGGAACUGACCAAAAUUUGUGAUGAACUGAUUGCCAAAAUGGGAAAGAGCUAGCCGUCCAUUUGACAGAGCUCUGUCCAUACCACAAAGGGACACAAGAACAAUAACUGGACAAGAUGGAGGGACAAGUUAAAAGUGUUUGUUAUUGUUUUUUUCCUAUUUCUAAUGGACAGAACAAUGAACUAACCAAACAAAGGGAAUUCACACUACUGAAGUCUUCACAUAAACUUGGAGUCUCUAGGACACACUAGUUUCUGGCUGUAAUUAUUUUCUCUUCAUUUCAAUGUGUUAAUGUACAGUACACCACCUUACCUUUGUUGAGGGCUUUGUGAAAGUACUCCCGGCCAUCAGUAGAGACUUUGUUUGAAUGUCUGUAUAGCACACACACACACACACACACACACACACGCAGAGAGUAAGUGUUUAUAGUGAGUCUGAAGUUAUGAGUGCUGUUGCCAUGACAACCACUGAUGGAGCCGACUGUUAAAUUGAUUCCUGUGGUACCCUCUUUUUAACUUAAAAACAGAAAUGACCAGAGAGAAUAUAUAUAAUAUAAAACAGAUGAGUUAAUCAUUCAGUUGUUACAAAGUGGUAUUCAUUUUCAUAAAAAAAAUGCAUGUUGUAGGCCUUGCCAGUUUUGUAAAUAUGACAAUGACUUGAAAAUAGUAAGGGAACAUAAUUGCAGAUUUUGAUACUGUUAGUUUGAUCAGCUUCCUUAUGUAUCUUUGUAGAUACUUGUUGUUCAUUUGUUUCGCUGUCUUCUAGCAACACUGAUGUGUGCUUUUAUUUUUGGAUUUUAUUUUGAUAUAUAAACUUGUCACUGUCAGUGGUUCUGGGCUAAUUUAAUCUGAAUGGUUUUGUCUCCGUCCUGUUAUAGCUGAUUUUUUAGAUAAAAGAAACCCCAUCAGCUAUACAGGACAUGCUUACAAAGUGCAAUAAAAGAUGGCAAUACAA